CAAGCGAGAUCUCCAGCAACCGGAGGAGGGGCAGCAGCUCACGAGCACCUCUUCUACAAAGUUGUCACUCCCAGCGAUGUUGGAAAGCUCAACAGGUUGGUCAUUCCCAAGCAGCACGCCGAGAGGUGGUUCCCACUGGAUCCCUGCCUGCGAAAGAAAGGCCGCCUCCUCUCCUUCCAGGACGUUGUAAGUCGAGAGCUGUGGUGGUUCCGCUACUCUUACUGGAGUAGCAGCCAGAGCUAUGUCCUCACCAAGGGAUGGAUACGUUUCGUCAAGGAUAAAGAUCUCCAGGCUGGGGACAUCAUCUCCUUUGAGCGAGGCGCUCGUCACGAACUCUACAUCAAUUGUCGCAAGAGGCCGACUUCCGGUCGAGCGGCUUUCGCCCCGCUUCCCGGGGACGAAGCUUUCGAUCAGCAGCACGAGCAGCAGCAGCAGCAGCACUUGUCCUCGCAUUUUCCGGUCUCGCCUGCAACACCAGCACCAGCGACUGCAGUCAAUGCGAGCAGCAGAUCGAAUGAAAUGCUCACCCUUUCGUCGCAUCACUCGUCUUCUGAUGAGGACGACGAAGAGGAAGCGGCUGUCUCGGGAGGGACACGGCUCUUCGGAGUGGACCUCAGAGCCAACCCGAUUCACAAGCUCGUACUUUAAAACUUCUUUAAAGAGGUCUGGCAGAUAGUUCGUAGUUCCAGUUUUGUUAACACAGCAAGGAAGGAGCUCACUGUAGGCACUGCAGGGAGGAAAGUUCAAAGUUCAUAAGAGUUUCAUGGUUUCUCGCUUGGAGUUCUUUCUCGUUUUCUUUUCCCCAGUUCAUUCGUCGCUACAGUU